AUGGCUGCCGCCGCUGCAACCUCCGUCGCGAUCUCUCUCGCCGCCGUCGUCGUGGUGCUGGCUAUGGUGGCGUCCCCUCCGGCGGCGUCGGGGAUGCCGGCGACCGGCAUGGACCUCGGGUCGUCGCCAGCGGGCUCCGGCAGCCGCCGCGCGCUGCUCUGGAAGGCCGCCGACGGCGGGUACAUCAGCCACCACGCCGUGCUGCACCCGGACCGCGUCCCGUUCAUGAGCAUCCCCGCCGCCAGCUACUACCACGGCGCCGCCGGCGGCGGCGCCAAGCCCAACCCCUACCACCGCGGCUGCACCAUCCUCACCCGCUGCCGCGUCUAG